UUACCUAAGGCAUUGACAAUACCUUUUGCCAAGUUUUGUUUCUCGGCAAAAGUAGAGUGGCUGAAUACGCAGCAAUUUCCCACCUUUAUACGGACUAGCUACUAAUGGAUCUAGCUAAGAUUUAUCUAUCCAAAGUGCAGAGCUUGUCCUCACGGUUUGCCCUCGAAACUUCGAACGAUUCUGUAUGAACUGUCUUUUAAUGUACCCAUAAAAAAAAUUACAGCUUUGUAGUCAGAGCAGUGGUAUCCUUUCGGGACAACCUAAACACUGUUCAUGUGGAUCGCCGCAACGAGUGAACUCAUCGUGCGAAAGGAUAGAUUAGAUAGAUACACGUCAGCCUCCUCUGUUUUUCGCUGCACGGCAAGUUCUAAGACACGUUAGCCACAGCCGUAGCCGUCUACGAAAGGAGGGGAACCGUUAGGAAGACGGCGCCGUACAGCGGCGCAGCUGCGAUCACAAAAAAAUCAGCGGCGUCGAGAUAAGCAGCGGGCUCAGGGCAAUUUCCAGCGGGUCGAAGCCACCGUUGGACGCCCGAAACCUAUCGAGAAAAAGAGAUUCGAGGCUGAAAUAUUAAAUAUCGUUGCUGCUGUUGUUGAGAAAGGAAGAAGAAAGCGCUAGUAGGCACACGAAUGCAACAGGACACUUCGACAAUGGCAAGCGUUAAAGCAGUGCAGACACAGGGAGCCUCUUCUUUCACAGCGGUCAUUGUCACUGGAAAAAGUUAGGCCUAUCCGUACGAAACUCGAUAACGCUGGACGUGCAAGCAUAAAUAAGCAAACUCCACAUGCACGUACUGAAAAAGUGGGCGCACUGUCGACUACGAGACGCGUAAACGAGCAUUAUAAGAAAGAAGAAAGCGGACAAUUCGAAUUACCUCAACUGCGUGUAAUUUAGAGGUACGAAGGGUGAGAAAAUUACCAGGAAUCGUAUUUUAGCGGAGUUCGCCAAUAGUGCCGUGUGUGCGUAGUAUUGGAGCAGGCUACCUUUGAACAAAGAUGUCGCCUCUGCUGAGGUUGACAAAGUCUCUGAACCUCGGAGCACUCCGAAGCACUAUCGGAAUUCGGUGCUCGGCUAAGCACACUGCCGCCGGCACACAGCGGGUUGUUGGGAUUCGACGUGAGGAUCAGUCAGUGUGGGAACGUCGUGCCCCGCUGGGACCCGAAGAUGUUCGCCGACUGACGAAGGCCGGCGUCAAGGUGAUGAUUCAGCCGUCAAACCGGCGUGCGUAUCCCCUUCAGAGUUACGUGCACGCUGGAGCAGUGAUCCAGGAGGACAUCAGCGAUGCACCGGUUAUUAUCGGAGUGAAACAAGUGCCCGUUGACCAGCUGUAUCCGAACAAAACGUAUUGUUUCUUUUCGCACACGAUCAAAGGUCAGGAAGCGAAUAUGCCACUACUUGAUGCUUGUAUCGAAAGGAACAUUCGUUUAAUAGACUACGAACGCAUGUGUGAUGAACAAGGCCAGCGGGUGGUUGCAUUUGGGAAGUACGCCGGUAAGGCUGGUAUGAUCAAUAUAUUGCAUGGUCUUGGCCUGCGUCUACUCGCGCUAGGACACCAUACCCCGUUUAUGCAUGUGGGUCCCGCACACAACUACAGGAACAGCGGUAUGGGGCGUCAGGCAGUUCGGGACGCGGGAUAUGAAAUCGCUCUGGGCAUGAUGCCACGCUCCAUUGGCCCGCUAACAUUUGUAUUUACCGGAUCCGGAAAUGUAUCACAGGGUGCCCAGGAAGUAUUUCAGGAAAUGCCAUUCGAAUACGUUGAUCCGAAGGACUUGCCGGAAGUGUGUAAAGUUGGAUCAAUGAACAAGGUGUAUGGAGCCGUCGUAACUCGUCAAGAUCACUGGAAACGCGCAGCCGAUGGAGGUUUUGAUUAUGGGGAAUGCGAUGAUCACCCGGAAAGGUAUUACUCGACCUUCGCUAAGGACAUCGCACCAUAUGCGUCAGUAAUCGUCAAUGGCAUCUAUUGGGCAGUAAAUUCGCCGAAGCUCAUAACUAUUCCUGAUGCAAAGCGAAUUCUACGGCCCACCUAUACGCCAUGGCUUCCGUCCUCUCAGGGGUCACCAUCUCUGCCCCAUAGGCUUCUGGCUAUCUGCGACAUUUCCGCCGACCCCGGAGGUUCGAUUGAGUUCAUGACGGAGUGUACCACGAUCGACUAUCCUUUCUGUCUCUACGACGCUGACCAACACCAAAGCAGAGAAAGUUUUUCUGGUCCCGGAGUACUAGUCUGUUCUAUUGACAAUAUGCCUACACAACUGCCGCUCGAAGCGACGGACUAUUUUGGAAAGCUGCUCAUGCCAUACAUCUGGGAUAUCCUGGACUCGGAUGCGCAGGACCCUUUUUAUCAGAACAAAAUGAGCUCUGUUGUCAAAAACGCGGUUAUCACAAGCAACGGGGGGCUGACCGAAAACUACGAAUAUAUCGCAACACUUCGACACACGUCCAAGUUAGUAAAAAAGAUAAAACUCAGAUCAAUGAAGAAAGUCACAGCGAGCCAAGGGCCUGAAAAAAAGGUUCUGUGUUUAGGUGCCGGGUACGUCUCGGCUCCGCUCGUCGAGUAUCUUUGCCGAGAUAAUAACAUCCAAAUGACUGUCGCUUCGGCGAUCCAGAAGGAAGCGGAAGAUCUGGCCGGACUGUACCCGAAUGCUGAAGCUACUGUAAUCGACGUAACUGAAUCGGUUAACGGACUUUCAAAUUUAAUUAAGGAGAACGAUCUGGUCAUCUCGCUCCUUCCGUACUCCUUACACUCUAAAGUUGCCGAGUUCUGUAUUGACCAUCAGACCAAUAUGGUGACCGCGUCAUACCUCUUACCGGAACUUCGCGAACUACAUGAGGCUGCCACCAAAGCUAACAUCACAGUUAUGAACGAGGUAGGUCUUGAUCCUGGUAUCGAUCACAUGCUUGCUAUGGAGUGCUUCGAUCAGGUUCGUUUGAACGGAGGCAAGAUCACUUCAUUUGUAUCCUUCUGUGGCGGUCUGCCCGCACCCGAGCAUUGCGAUAACCCACUACGGUAUAAGUUUAGCUGGAGUCCCCGCUCUGCCCUAAUCGGCACGAUGGGUUGGGCAAGGUACCUUAAGGAAGGCAAGGUGAUUGAAAUCGAAAAAGGCGGCGCUCUUUUGGACAAUGUCGAAGCAAUUGAUUUCCUACCCGGAUUCGCUCUCGAAGGUUACCCGAAUCGUGAUUCAACGAUUUAUAGGGAUAUGUAUGCCAUUCAGAGUGCGCGAACCGUUAUACGGGGUACCCUUCGGUACAAGGGGUUCUGCAAUGCGACAAAAGGCCUUCAUAUGAUGGGACUGUUCAGUGACGAACCUCACCCAACACUUCAUCCCCGCGGUCCGGAGAUUUCUUGGAAACAAUUUAUGUCUCAAUUAAUGGGCCAGCAAACAGAUCUCCUCACGUCGAACGUAAAAAAUCUCGUUUUUGACUACCUUGGAAAAGAUACUGCUAGAGCUGAAGCUCUCGAUAAACUAGGAUUAAUAUCCGAUAUGCCUAUUGACAAGAAGACGACACCUAUGGACACCCUAACGCAUUACCUCUCCAAGAAACUUUCAUAUGGGCCAGGCGAGCGCGACCUGGUUAUCCUGCGUCAUAACAUCGGCAUCGAGUGGCGCGACGGGGAGAGAGAGAUGCGCCACGUGAACAUGGUCGCCUACGGCGAGACAUGCGGCUAUUCGGCCAUGGCAAAGACCGUCGGUUAUCCGUGCGCCAUCGCCGCGAAAAUGAUCCUCGAGGGCGAGAUUCAGCAAAAGGGCAUGAUUUUACCGCUUCAGUCGGAAAUCUACAGUCCAAUUCUGAAGCGGCUUGAAGUAGAAGGCAUUACUUAUGAAGAAACGACCACGAAGCUUUGACGAGCAAGCACGACGGAGACGAAGCUCGAAUACAUACUUAACAAAAUCAAAAGACCUCGGUUUGCUAGCCAUCCAGAAGCAGGUACAGGUUCUUUAAAAUGGAACUUAACCGAAUGUCGACUUUUCUCGGUUUGCUGUUUCCUUCAGUGUAGCGCAUCUUCUAUUAUUGUGUUACGCACCUAUAAAUAGACUGUACAUACUAUCUGUCUGCUAUACAGACAAUGAUUCACGGUGUUUCCGGUUGAUUUGAAAAACUUGUUUUUAGACGUGUACGAUCCAGAUGACCGUAGUAUGUAAACGCACAGAAGACGUAGGCGUCUUUUUCAGUAAAGAAAUAGAAAAAUUCUGCAAAAACAGCAAUAGGAACGCGUAGAACAAGAUCCUCUACCGAUGGUCGUGGAGAACGUAAUAAAGCACUCUUUCACAGA